ACGCACACAAUUAAUUGCUUUCCAGAGUUAUAAGAAAAGUUUCGUUUCUUUGAAAGUCCUGCCCCUUCUGUGAACCUUCCCAAAACUAAUAUCCCCAGAACUGUUGCUUCAUAUCGGACUGAGAAACUAACUGGAGAACAUGUCGAACGAAGGAACAGACAGUCACCACGAUGUUCGCCAAAGACAGAGGUACCGAAACCCUAAAGGGCAAAAUCAGAGUCCAACUCUAAAGAUUUGUCCACCUUCUCAAACUUACCCCCCUGGCACGAGUGCACAAGGAUCAUUUGGUGGUAAACCGUCGACAGCAAACCCGGCACCUAACGAACUGAGACUGGUUCUGCUGGGCAAAACAGGUGCAGGGAAAAGUGCUACAGGAAACACCAUCUUGGGAGAUGGGCAACGUUUUGAUGCUCAGUUGAGCAUGAGUUCAGUGACAAAAGAGUGCAAGCGAGAAUAUGGACAACUGGGAAGACGAAACCUUGCACUUAUAGACACUCCCGGCCUGUUUGACACAGAUCUAACACAGGAGGAAGUACAACAGGAACUAGUACAUUGUCUGACUUUGUGUUCACCCGGUCCUCAUGCGUUCCUGCUGGUUAUACCAAUAGAGCGCUAUACGGAGGAGCAGCAACGCACGGUGGACAUGAUUCUGGAGAUGUUUACUGAGGAAAUCACCCAUCACACCAUCAUUAUAUUCUCACAUGCUGAUAGACUUGGAUCGACCUCCAUUGAGGACUUCCUAUCAAGACAAAACAGAAAGAUCCAAGAACUCGUGGAAAAAUUUGGGAGGCGUUUCGUGGCCUUUAACAACACAUACCCUUCAAACCGAGGUCAGGUCACACAACUCCUGGAGAAGGUGGAUGAGUUGCUGGUGCAGAACGAGAACCGACUCUUCACCAGUCCGAUUUCACAGGUUGUGUUGGAAGCCCAGAGGAUAAUAGAGGAGAAAAGUAAAGCCGCCAUGAUUGAAAAAAUGAACAAAAUUAAAGUUGAUGUACAGAAAUUGGCUGAUGCUCGUUGGGAUAUGUUUACUGCAGCUAUGAAAGAAGAGAGGCAAGAAACAGAAAGAAAAAGGAAGCGUGUGCAAGGCAGGAUUGAUCAGAUAAAGAUGGACAUAAAAAAGGAAGAACAGCAUGUGAGCCCAAUUCAAGCGAGGCUGACGCGGUUCGGAGCCGCUCUGCAGAGGGAGCUGGUGACCCUUCGAGAGCUUGAAGAAAAAGUGAUCGAAGAGGAGAGAGAGAGAAUGGAAAGAGAACCAAUAGAAGAGAUGGACAUGAAGAUGUGGAUACAAGAGGAAGUGCAGAGGAGAGAGAGUGAAGUGAAGACUGACACAUUUCUCGACACCAAAAUGAUCUUUAUGCUUACCACGUUUUUGCUGGGGAUUGGAGCCACAUUUGCGCCCGCUCUCUUGGCGUUUCUGUUCCCUGUUGCUCCAGUAGUGGAAGCGGGACUGUCAGCUCAGUAUUUAUUCAGCUUGCUGGGAUUGGGAGUUGCAGAGGGGGGAUUAGGAACUCUCAGUUGGACUGCUGUUGGACUCGCUGUGAAAACAGCAUCUAUAAAGUUGGCAUUGACCCGCUGCACAAUUCAAUAAUCCAUAUUUGAUUGAAGUCCAUCCAUUCAUCCAUCUUCAACCGCUUAUAUAUGCAUGAAUAUAUAUAUAUAUACAGUACAACUACAUACAGUUUACAAUUUGUAUCACUGCACUGCAACAUGUUUAAUCCAGAAUCAAUCCAAUGUUAUUGUUAAUUCAGCUAAUGUAUUCUCUAAAAUUUUGUCUAAUCUUAAUAAAAACUACA